AUCUUUCAGCCCCACUGUCAGGUAGUUGAGAAUUUGUUUGCCCAAAGCUGUGGUAGACAUGGACAUGGCAGACUACAGCGAGGCUCUGGACCCAGCCUACACCACGCUGGAGUUCGAGAACAUGCAGGUGCUCCCGCUGGGCACAGACUCCUCGCCGGCUGAGAGCACCAACAUGAGCGCGCCCGGCCACCUGGCAGCAGGCAGCUUGUGUGCCAUCUGUGGGGACCGAGCGACAGGCAAACACUAUGGGGCGUCCAGCUGCGACGGCUGCAAGGGCUUCUUCAGGCGCAGCGUCCGUAAAAACCACAUGUACUCCUGCAGGUUCAGCAGACAGUGUAUCGUGGACAAAGACAAGAGGAAUCAAUGCAGAUACUGCAGACUGAAGAAGUGCUUCAGAGCUGGCAUGAAGAAAGAAGCUGUACAAAACGAAAGAGACAGAAUCAGCACCAGGAGGUCCAGCUACGAGGACAGCAGUUUGCCGUCCAUCAAUGCUCUCAUUCAGGCGGACGUUCUGUCGAGACAGAUCACGUCUCCUGCGCCCAUACUGAACGGUGACAUAAGGACCAAGAAGAUCGCCACCAUCACAGACGUCUGCGAGUCCAUGAAGCAGCAGCUGCUCGUCCUGGUGGAGUGGGCCAAAUACAUCCCGGCCUUCUGCGACCUGCCCCUGGACGACCAGGUGGCUUUGCUUCGAGCUCACGCAGGUGAACACCUCCUGCUUGGUGCAGCCAAGAGGUCCAUGCUCUACAAAGACAUUCUCCUAUUAGGAGUUUCCUCUCCAGGAAAUGACCACAUUAUUCCCAGGAACUGUCCAGAGCUGGAGGUGGGCAGAGUAGCAGUAAGGAUCCUGGAUGAGCUGGUGCUUCCCUUUCAGGAGCUCCAGAUAGACGACAAUGAAUACGCCUGCUUGAAGGCCAUCGUUUUCUUUGACCCAGACGCUAAAGGUCUGAGCGACCCAGGAAAGAUCAAGCGGAUGCGGUAUCAGGUCCAGGUCAGCCUGGAGGAUUACAUCAACGACAGGCAGUACGACUCUCGCGGUCGCUUCGGAGAGCUCCUCCUACUGCUGCCGACGCUACAGAGCAUCACCUGGCAAAUGAUUGAGCAGAUUCAGUUCGUCAAACUCUUCGGCAUGGCAAAGAUCGACAACCUCCUGCAGGAGAUGCUUCUUGGAGGUUCAGCUAAUGAAGCUCCACAUGCCCCCCACUCUCUGCACCCGCACUUGGUCCAAGAGCACCUCAGCAGCAACGUCAUAGUGGCCAGCAACCUGCCAACACCCAUCCAUAACGGUCAAAUCUCCACUCCUGAAACUCCGAUCCCGUCUCCACCCACAGCCUCCGGCUCAGAACAUUAUAAAAUGCCUCAAGGGGUCAUAGCUACAGUGCCCAAGCAGCCCACCUCCAUCCCUCAACCAACCAUCACAAAGCAAGAGGCUAUUUAACAACUGUUUAAAUCCUUUACCUUUUUUUAUUGUGAAAAUAUAAAAGUUGAAGCUGUUGACGUUAGUGAAACUUUAAAAGUAGCUAAAAAUAGAGCAUUCUUUGCCAGCCUCUCACAGAUAGCCUUCAGGGAUAUAUUUGUACAUAAAAUGCAGAUGAAGCUGAGCUCCACAGCUCAGUAAAGGAGAUGAAAUGUUAAGCGUUUUGUAACUUUCAAACAUACUGCU